UCCACGUUUCACAGGAAGUAAAGAAAUGACUGAAGCACAGAGGGGGAACUUCACUUAAUGAGAUAUACCUUAGUUCUGUCUCCAUACACUCUCCUGGACAGAUUUAUCCAGAAACUCUGCCGGAAACGACAAUUUACACUCUUAGCGGGAAAUUUAGUGAGACUAUGGCAGAGAAAGUGCUGGUCACAGGUGGAGGAGGCUACAUUGGGAGUCACUGUGUGGUGGAGCUCAUUGAAGCAGGUUACCAGCCAGUCGUUGUGGAUAACUUCAGUAACGCUGUAAGAGGAGAAGGGGAUGUGCCUGAGAGCAUACGGAGGAUAGAGAAACUUCUGGACACCAGCAUUGAGUUUCAUGAACUAGAUCUUUUGGACAAACCUGGCUUGGAAAAACUCUUCAAAAAGCAUUCUUUCAGUUCGGUGAUACACUUUGCUGGGCUGAAGGCCGUUGGGGAGUCAGUGGAGCAGCCGCUGCGUUACUACAGAGUCAACCUCACCGCCUCCCUCAACCUGCUUGAGGUGAUGCAGGCUCACAGGGUGCACAAUCUGGUCUUCAGCAGCUCAGCCACGGUGUACGGAGACCCUCAACACCUUCCCAUCGACGAGCAGCACCCCGUGGGCGGCUGCACCAACCCCUACGGCCAGACCAAGUACUUCAUUGAAGAGAUGAUCAAGGACCUCUGUAAAGCAGAGAAGGACUGGAAUGCAGUGCUGCUGCGUUAUUUCAACCCAAUUGGAGCUCAUAUCUCUGGCCAGAUAGGAGAGGACCCUCAGGGUAUCCCCAACAACCUGCUGCCAUAUGUUGCCCAGGUGGCUGUUGGGAGAAGAAAGUGCCUCAAUGUAUUUGGGAAUGACUAUGACACAAUUGAUGGGACAGGUGUGCGAGAUUAUAUCCAUGUUGUUGAUCUGGCAAAAGGACACAUAGCGGCUCUGAAGAAGCUGAAGGAUGACUGCGGCUGCAAGGUUUACAACCUGGGAACAGGGACGGGCUACUCUGUGCUCCAGAUGGUGAAAGCCAUGGAGAAGGCAUCAGAGAAAGAGAUCCCAUACAAAAUCGCCCCACGUAGGGAAGGAGACAUAGCAUCCUGCUACGCUGACCCUUGUCUAGCUGAGAAAGAGAUGGGUUGGAAGGCUGAAUUUGGUCUGGAAAGAAUGUGUGAGGAUCUGUGGCGCUGGCAGUCCAUGAACCCCACCGGAUUUUGCAACGGAACAGCCUCUUGAUGCACCUCCAGCCUUUUGUUGUCUAUAAGUCUUCUUUUAAAUCACCGGGCCAAAGCAAAACCAUCAACUUCCUCAUUUUUUGCAUAAAUAAACACAUGAUUAAGCUAAAUGCUUUGUUUUGUCAUGUUUAAUUUUCUACUCGCUAAAUAUCAACUCUCAUCUUAUUUACUGUUUACAUCAGAAAAACAUGUGACAGUGUAUUUCUGAUUUCUCUGUGUUACUGGUACUCAGAUUAACAAUGGAUAUUUUCUCUAUGAAUGUAUUGAUCUGUAAACCAUAAUGAAAAAAUAAAUUAAUUUUUUGCA